CUUCGAGUAAAACAGCUUCAAUUGAGGGAGGUGAAAGGAAUCUUUUGGGCGCAAUAUAAAUGUUUUAUUCUUGACAUGCUUCUUAAGAUUGGAUUCUAAGACUGCCUAAAUUUGCUUUACUACUUUGUGCCAUCAGCUUCUCCCAACAUCGUUCAAUUUCGACUUCAGGUAUCUUUGGAUUGUAUUAAUCAUAUAAUAGCGGCGAAAGCUAUUGAUUAUAAAAGUUUUACUACAGUUUUUAGAUUGCAAAAAAAUUUCGGUGUAUUUUCAGGCAUAAUUGGGAACUUCAUCUGAUCACCUUUACUUGUUUUAAUUUUUGAGGAAUUGCUAUUUUAGCGCUUCCAAAAUCAACAAGAAUUUCAUUAUGAAUGAAAGGGAACCUAUAGAAGAAAAAAACGAGAGCCUCGCUACCAAGGUGGAGUCGGACGAAGAAAACGACGCUAUGAGCCUUGACGAUCUGCAGGAAUCCAGCAAUGCUGAACAGGUUCAGGAAGAUAGAGAGCAAUCGGAGACAAAGGGACGUUUUGACGAUGCUUUUAGAGAAGGUGAUGCAAAAGACGAGACGCCUCGACGUGCAAAUGGGUCGAACUAUGUAAUUGAGCCUUAUUUAGAAUUACGGGACAUGGCAAAAGAUAAAACACUUGAAGAAUUUAUGAAUGAAAUGGAUGAUUAUUCUCCUAUAAUUCCUGACGUUUUAUUAGACUAUUAUCUGAGCCUUUCUGGUUUUCGAUGCGCCGACCCUCGUUUAAAGAAGCUUUUGGGAUUAGCCGCACAAAAAUUUAUUUCUGACAUCGCCCAAGAUGCUUAUCAAUACUCUAAAAUUCGCACCGGUAGCAGCUCUACUUCUUCCGCAGGAUUCAACGCACCGAACUAUGGCGCUGCAGGAGCCUCUGCCGGCGGACCAACUCGUAGAGGUGACCGUGGUAAGGCCGUUUUAACCGUUGAUGACUUAAGCUCUGCUUUGAACGAGUAUGGCAUCAAUUUAAAGCGUCCUGACUUUUACCGUUGAUGCAAGCCAGUCAUGUUUUAGUUUUCAUUUUCAAUAUAGGAGGAUACUUAAGGUCGUUAAUGUUUUUGACUAUUAAUAAAGAAUAUAUGUUAUUGCAGAAAGAUUUGAUUCAUAUAUAAAAGUUACU